ACUAAAAUUUAGAGAGGGAUGUUUUCUGUGAUUGUGAAUAUGUAACAGACAAAAUAAUAGGCAUUUUUUUUUCUCAGCGACUGUGAAUUAUGCCAUUAGGAAUUAAAAUGCUGAUAAGAUCAUACAAAUCAGUUGUUUUCAGUCCCAUCUUCCACCUCAAAGGCCUAGAUGUGUUAUUGUUCAGUGGGAUGUACUAGGGCAGAGUCACGGAAAUAGACCAAGUUCUAUCCAAGAGACCCAGCUUCCUCUCUAAUUUUAUAUGAAAUGGCUUCUCGUUGCUUUAUCUUUCAGUCCCACUUCCUACCAGUUUUAAAGUUUUGUUUUUUUUUUAAAUCUCAUUUGAUCCUGAACAUAACUUCAAGUGGUCUCAUGAUCCUCAUUUGGGGAUGAGUAAACAAGGCUCAAAGCUAAGUUCUUGCCCAAGUCCUACAGCUGGUGAGAAGAAUGGCUGGGAAUGGCUCCAGCCCACAUCCAUUCUCUGACUACACAAGACCCUGACAGGGACAAAAUAAUGGAGGCCUUCACGGCCGUGAUGAAGACCAUGGAUGAGUCUGUUGAGACCACAGAGUUCGACUAUGAGUAUUCACUGCCAUGUAUAAAAGUCAACAUCCAGCAGCUGGGAGCCCAAUUCUUGCCCCCGCUGUAUUCCCUGGUGUUUGUGGUUGGUCUGCUGGGCAAUGUGGUGGUGGUGGUGAUCCUCAUGAAAUACAAGAGGCUCUGGAUUAUGACCAACAUCUUCCUGCUCAAUUUGGCCAUUUCUGACUUGCUCUUUCUAUUCACCCUGGUGUUCUGGAUUCACUAUGCUGGGUGGAAUGAAUGGGUUUUUGGCUCUUCCAUGUGUAAGCUCCUCUCCGGGCUUUAUUACAUGGGCUUAUACAGUGAGAUCUUUUUCAUCAGCCUGCUGACCAUAGACCGGUACCUGGCCAUCGUCCAUGCCGUGUUUGCCCUUCGAGCCCGGACUGUCACUUUUGGUGUCAUCAUGAGUGUUCUCACCUGGGGCCUGGCGGGGCUAGCAGCCCUCCCUGAAUUUAUCUUCCAUGAGUCCCAAGAAGACGUCCAACAGUUUGUCUGCUUGCCUAUUUACCCAAAAAACCAAGAAGACAGAUGGAAGCGUUUCCAUGCUCUGAGAAUGAAUAUCCUGGGUCUCACUCUGCCUCUGCUCAUCAUGGUUGUCUGCUACUCUGGAAUUAUUAAAACCCUGCUGAGAUGCCCCAGUAAGAAAAAGUACAAGGCCAUCCGGCUCAUUUUUGUCAUCAUGGUGGUCUUUUUCAUUUUCUGGACACCCUACAACCUGGUCCUCUUCCUCACGGCUUUUCAAACGAUCUUCUUUGAAACCAGCUGUGAGCAGAGCAAACAGCUGGACGUGGCCAUGCAGGUGACGGAGGUGAUCGCCUACACGCACUGCUGCGUCAACCCCAUCAUCUACGCCUUCGUGGGGGAGAGGUUCCGGAAGCACCUCUGCCACUUCUUCCGCAGGCACGUGGCCACCUACCUGGGCAAAUACAUCCCAUUCUUUCCCAGCGAGAAGUCAGAGAGAGCCAGCUCGGUAUCCCCAUCAACAGGGGAGCAGGAAUUGUCAUUUGUAUUUUAAGACCGACGUGCUGGACCCAUGAAGCAAACGCAUUACGUCAAUCACAUUGUCCUCAACGCCGGCCCUUUAAACUUCUGGCUCAAUGCUGAAACUCUUAAAGACAUUAAAAUAUAUACACAAUGGUGUCAGUAUAUGUGGGUGGCGCAGGCAUUACCAGGGGUCGCUGGCCAGUCAGUUAGUUCACUUACUGUCGACCUCGAAAGACAGAGCUUUGCUUGGUUCUCUGAAGAGUUACAUACAUUGUAAUGUCCCCGAAUGUUAGAUAGUUACUACACGCAGCUACUAACAGGUAAAUCCUUUUAAAUUUAAACCUUAACGUCAGCCAGCUAUUGCAUAAAUGAAACAUAUUUCACAAAAUACAAUAUAUCAAUCACAAUGCUUUUAACGUGCCUAGCUCUCUCCUUGCUUGAUGAAAAGGCGCUUUUUUCCCCCAGUGUAUUAUGUACUCCCAAGCAGCAUAAUGGCAUGUCACCCUUGUUCCGAGAAUUCUUUUCUUUUUUUUUUUUUAAGGAUUUUAUUUUUAAGUAAUCUCCACACCCAACGUGGGGCCUGAACUCACAACCCGGAGAUCAAGAGUUGCAUGCUCCACCUACUGAGCCAGCCAGGUGCCCCCCCCCACCCCGCCAAGUAUGCUUAUUAGUGAAUGGAUUUCCUGUUUACACCAAAUGAUCAGAUUUCGUAUGAGCAACUCAAUAGAAGAAGAGUAAUUUGGUAUUUUCAGUAGAGGGAAUAAAGGCCUUGCUUGCA